AUCUGAACAUCAUUGAACAUGUUGAAAAACAUUCAUUUUCUGGUAUUUCUGCUUGUUGGAUUUGUGACAACACCUGCUUUAUCUCAUGCUCAAGGUCAUAAUGUUACAGCAAAAUUUUCUACAGAUAGCCUUGACAUUGAAAUAGGUGAAAGUGUCAAUGUUACAUUGUCAUUAAGUGACAAAUUGAAUGGAAGUGCAGUCUUGAAUUUUACUUACGAUGACAAGCAAGAAGGGAGUACUGAGUAUAUUGAGCCACUGGAGGGUAUUGUGGUGUCUGGGGAACAUAUAAAAUGGACAGUGGUCAUUAAAGGAAAGCAAGCUGGACACACAAUACUUGGAGUGAAUUCUUCCUCUCCUGAGAUUAGAGACAUAGAGAAAACAUUUAUACGCAUUGAUAUUGUCCACAACUCUGUGUUGGUGAUAGUCAAUGCAGUCAUAGGUUGGAUUUACUUUGUGGCCUGGUCUGUUUCAUUCUAUCCACAAGUCUACAUCAAUUGGAAAAGAAAAAGUGUUGUAGGCCUGAAUUUUGAUUUUCUUUGCUACAAUAUUACUGGAUUCUUAGCCUAUGGAUUUUUCAACGUUGGCAUGUACUGGGUGGAUGAAGUUCAAAAUCAGUAUUUUAAAGAGCAUCCGAGGGGCAUAAAUCCUGUACAACUUAACGAUGUCAUCUUCACACUACAUGCAGUUUUUGUAACGAUCUUGACAAUCAUUCAGUGUAUAGUCUAUGAGAAAGGAGGGCAAAAAGUGUCCAAAAUUUGUAUCGCCUUGGUUACAGGCGCAUGGCUUUUUGCUUUGGCCUCUCUCGUAGUCACCUUGACACAUACCAUCACCUGGUUGACCUACUUGUAUUACUUCUCUUAUAUCAAGCUGGGAGUGACACUUAUUAAAUAUAUACCACAGGCUUAUAUGAAUUUUCGACGCAAGAGUACUGAUGGCUGGAGCAUUGGCAAUGUCCUUUUGGAUUUUACUGGUGGAUCACUGAGUCUACUGCAAAUGUUCCUUUUGUCUUAUAACAGUGAUGACUGGGGCUCUAUAUUUGGUGAUCCAACCAAAUUUGGUCUGGGACUUUUCUCCAUCCUGUUUGAUAUCCUGUUCAUGGUCCAACAUUACUGCCUGUAUAAAGGCAGGGGCACAUAUGAGCUGUUAGGGGAGACUAUAGACACUCCAGCACCAUACACCUCCUAUGAUUCCACUCGUAGAGGUCAGAGAAAUGUCAAUCUAGAAAAUGACCAACAAUCGCAGUAUAUCUACUAAAAAGUUGCUUGAUUGUGUUCUUUGUUUAUACCAUGUAUAUAACUGAAAUGUAUAAAGUGUGAGUUGUACCUAUAGCCUCCCUUGAUCCUAUAAAUAGCUUCAAAAUCUCAGAGACUUAUAUUCCUUAAGGAAAUGAACUGCUUGUAACCUUUUCUAUAAGGAAAGUCAACUACAAGUCCAGAUUAUUGGAUUAUCUACAAACUGUGUGUAUCAGUAUUAGGAUUACACAAAUGGUUUUAUAUCUAAGCUUUAGUUUUUAUAUGAAGAACUUAACCUUUUGCAUAUGUUUAUGUAAACUACAAAUGGAAAUUUAAUAUGGCCCUGUAAAAAAGAAUAAAAACUAGAGCAGUAAUAGAGUAUUGUUGAUAUAGAAGCGUGUGUAUGAAAGUUAAAAUUGUCUAGGUAUUUUUAAUUUAGUAAAAAAAAAAAAACGCAAUUAGCUUCAUUUUUAUUAUAUAGAUCAAAACAAAAUGGCAUCAAAUGCUAUUUAUUAACCAUCUUCAUGUGAGUAGUCAGUUGUUUUUUUUUUGUUUUUUUUUUCUUAUUGUAAUUACGGUACACAAAAUGUAUAUAAUUUUGUCUGCAUUUCUUUUUCUUUUUUUUUUUGUGUUAUUAUCUUCAUUAUGUAUUAAGAUAUGUAAUGUUUUAUAAGAAAUUAUUUUAACAUGCUAACAAUAUCAAAAUUUAUCUACACUUAUGAAUCUGCAAUGUUUGUUUGAUUUAUUUUUUUUUCUUUUUAUUUUUUAAAUCGUAGUAUGAAAUUUGUGAUUUGCAACAAUGAGUAUAAUUACAAGAAAUAUUUAUGUCUGUUGUCAAAGUUCCUUAUUGUGCAUAGUUAUCAUGGCAUUCUAUUUAAAACAUAUGAAAUGUAAUUGAAUAAGUGUGAAUUGAUUGUUACACAUUGGCAGACAUUGAAACAUAACAUCUGUGAACAUUUCAAAUGUACAAGUAUCUGUUGGAACAAAGUAUUUCCUUCCCUCCACAUAAACUACAAUUCCUUGUCUUUCACAAUGUCUUGCUGUGAACAAGCAUAAUUGAAAGCUUAUUGUAAUAUAUUUUUAAGCUGAAAAUGUGUACAUUUUUAUGCUUAUUUGUAAAAAUAAAACAUGUAUUGUUACGUAACUUAAAUAUUAUAUAUUAGGUAUUUGUGAUAUUAUAAAUGGCUGCCGGGUGAUGUGUGCACUUUGGACUGUCAUUACAAUAGUUCUGCAUUCAAACCCUGCCCACUGUCAACCCGUAAUUCUGAAGUAGGUUAUGGACAGGUAAUUAGUAUUUGUCACUGCUUAAAGAACCCCUAAAACAUUUAAAAUAAAAAUGAUUAAACAUUUAUCAAUGUUAUUGAUGAACCGUAUAUCACAUGCUCGAUUUUUUUUUUUU